AUGGAGCUCUGUGCAGGUGGCACCCUGGCGGGCCAUAUUCAGCAAGCUCCCAGGGAACCGCGCAUCAAGUCCAUGAAUUUUGCAGCGGGAUCGGUCUGGAGAGCUGUGGCUCACAUCCACCAUUGCGGCGUGGCGCAUCGCGACAUCAAGGCGCCGAAUAUUCUACUGACGGAAGCUCGAACCGUUCGCCUUGCAGACUUCGGGUCUGCUUCCUGGAGUGCCCCGGAUGAAUGGCACCAAGACGUCGCAGGGUCUUUGACUAAUCUCGCGCCGGAGGCGUUGCCACUUGCCUCCGCAUUGCGCCAAAGUGCGCAAUUGUACAAAGCCAGGCCUGUGGAUGUUUGGGCAACUGCCGUUACCUUCUAUGAAUGUGUGGUAGGCCGGCCACCUUUCCGGGGCUCCAGUUUGAAAAGGUUGUUUGAUGCCAUCAAGCGGGGCAUAGCUCUCGAGGGCUACAGUCCUGGAAGCCUUGCAGAUGACAAAGAACUUCCUGACCCUCAAGCCCUUCCAGACUCUAAAGAUCUUGUUGGCUCUGACGAAGUUCGAGACGCAGGACAUCCCACUUCCAAGAACCUUGCAAGAAUGCUCCAAGACGCUGGAGUUGCAAAGUGGAAAGUCAAAGAAGCUUUGAGCUUCAAGUGUCCUUACUGCGAGGAAGCUCGACUUGGAGGUACUUCUUCAAAACAGAUCCCUCCGGCAUCUCUUCGACCUCUACCACGUGUGUGGGAGCAUGUCUGUUUGGACAUUGGAGAAUGGACAGUGCCCAACUUUGACGGCAAGAUCAAGUUCAUUCUGUUCAUCGACAUAGCGACCCGCUACAAGGUCACCGAGUCCCUCUUCGACUAUGCCCACGGCGAGGUCAAGAUUGAGAACGCCGACAUGGUGAUUCAAGCCAUCACUUUGCGAUGGCUGAUGGACAAACCUCGUCCACACGUUCUGAUUCCAGACAAUGCCAAAAGUCUGAUGUCUCAGAAGUUUGUGGAUUUCAUGAUGGAGAUGCGGGUAGAAGUCAUUCCACCUCCUGACCAAGAAUCUUGGGCGCAUGGCAUUGUGGAGAGUGCCAUCAACUUGAUCAAAACGACGGCAACCAAGAUCCACUUGUCCAUGCCGGAUUUGGAUCCCCGCUUGACUUUAGCUUUGGCAACAAGCGCUUUGAACUCGAGCGAGUUCCACCGAGGAUACACAAGUCUUCAAUGGGCUUUUGGCAAACAAACAGAAUUUGGCGAUGAGGAGCUACGUCGUCAACUUUGUCUUCCCAUUGAUCAUCAACAACAAGAAUUUGCUCGACUUCUCAACAGCCGUCAAACUGCUGAAGCUUGUGCCCGAAAAGCAAAAGCUCAAGUGGUCUACUCCAAGCUGAAGAACUCUUCAAUCCGACAACCUGUGA